AUGUACACCGGAGCUUGGAUUGCGGCGGUGGCGCUUGUGGUGGCGGUGUUUGGUGCGGGCUGCUGCGAGGGCAAGCUGCACGAGGUGAAUGGCGAGCUGUACGCCCCGACGCCGCAGGGUUACAUGCUGGCGCGAUGCAUUCGAGAGGUGGCGUCCGGGACGCAUGUGACCGAGGACGGGCGCGGGCGGAUGGUGCUGACGGCCAAGGAUGGAAGCGUCGAGGUUAUGGAGUGCAACACUGACGGCGGGCGCAUUCCGAUGUUGCUGUCCAAGUCGCAGAUGGCGGCGGCGCGCGCGGGCAACAAGCGCGACUCGGACGGUUUCGGCGGCUACGACGGGUGGCAGGCGUUCACUUCUUACGAGUACGAGGCCGGCCUUGAUGUGUUUGUCGGCGAUAUCUCGACGCCGAACGGCAAGCCGAAGCGCGAGCCCGAGGUGCUGUUCAUUUUUACGGGCCUGCAGAAUGUGAACUGGAUUCCCAAGGUUGAUCCGGAGCCGCGGGUGUUUGACAUCAUCCAGCCUGUGCUGCAGUACCCGGCGACGGCGGUGCUUGGCGGAUCGGACGACGAUCCUGUGGAGUUUGGGUCGUCGUGGGGCGUGCGGUCGUGGUAUGUGACGAUCCACUCGGGAGCGGUGUACUCCAAGGUUGCACUGCUCGACGAGGGAGAUGUGGUGUUUGGCAACAUGACGCGGACUGGAAGUGAGGCGUUCUACGUCGGCUCGACAAACAAGGCCAACGGCGAGACUGUGGCCAUCACGGUGAGCCAUCCCCGGCUCGCAACGCAGCCGUGGGCGUACAACACACUCGAGACGUAUGGCGCGCCGUCGUGCGAGUACCUGCCCGACGCGCCCUCUCUCUUCACCAACCUGGUCCUGGCCAAGGGUUCGACCAAGGUGACGGCUUCGUGGGCGAACCACGUCUCGCCGUCGCAGACUUGCGCCGGCAGCAAGUGCGUGAUCGUUGACCCGGCGACGGUCACCAUCGACAUGGGCCAGUAAGUUGGCCCUGAGAUGAGAGUUAAAGCUUUCUGAUUUUGAACA